AUGACCGGUAAGCAGACACCACCUACAAGCCCGCCGACGUCGCAUGCGUCACGUAGCCAGCCUGCGAAGACGAAGACGCAGACGAAGACGCGCACGCGCGUCCCCCAACCACGCAUUGAUGCUGAUGCUGAUUCCUCUGCUGCAGACGAGACUCGUCGCUCCGGGCGCGCCAACAAGGGCCAGCACACCAAACUGCCCGACCUGCUCGAUGAGCCUGCCGCGCCCAAGACCAAGGGCCCGGCCAAAGCCGACAGCAAGAAGGGCCACUCCAAGGCAAAGUCGGACACGCCCCGCGCGCAAUCAGCACAGUCGGAAGAACAGGGCGACGAGGAAGACGAUGCCAUCAUCCGCUGUGUCUGCGGCGACCAGCGCGACAUCCGCGGCAGGCAAAUGAUCUGCUGCGACAAAUGCGAGGCAUGGCAGCACAACAAAUGUUUGGGUUUGCCCGAAGGCGACUUCUGGGAGGGCAAGAACUACUACUGCGAGCAAUGUCACCCGCAAGACCACCAGGAACUGCUCGCUGCCAUGGCCCGUGGAGAGAAGCCGUGGGCGCGCAAGAAGGGCUCCAAGGGCAACAAGCCUCGCCCCAGCGACGUCAAGCCGGACGACAAGCCGCAAACACCACAGCCAUCCGCCAGUGUGCCGCCCUCGCCGGCAGCUGCACCGCCAGUUCAGGAGCCCACGCCCACGCCUGCGCCCGCGCCCGCGCCCGCGUCCCUCGCCGUGCAGACCCAGGACGCAUCCAACGGGCAUGCAGAGACCAAGGUCAAGAGCCAGCCACAGUCGCCGGCCGGUGAGAAGCGCCGCCAUGAAGCUCCCGCUGAAAAGGCCAACGCGAGUAAGAAGCGCAGGAAGUCAAGCCAGCACCAGGACAAGUCAGCGCCACCCACACCCUCGGUGGGCGACAUCGACAGCCUGCCUGCUACACAGAAACCCUUCGCAGAGAAGCUGCGCGAUGUUCUGUCGCCCCUCAUCAAGACUGCCUCGGAUGCCAGGGGCUAUCGCAUCCCCGAUGGCGAGACCGCCACCUCUCUCGGAGCUCGACUGGCGUUCCAGCUCAACACUGCCGCUGUCGAGCACUAUGGCGAGCCUACUGCUGGAGAUUCGCCCUCUUCCAUCCGUCUGCGCGCCAUCAUGUUCAACGCGAAGAAGAAUCCCAUCCUUGUUGACCGCCUCCUUUCUGGAAGCCUCAAGCCACAGGAGCUUGUCAGCAUGCCUACUGAAGAGAUGGCAAGCGAAGACAAACAGAAAGAGUUUGCUGCCAUCCGUGAGGCCGCCGAGAAGCAGAUGAUUCUGACAGAGGAGACUGGCCCUCGCCUGCGGAAGACACACAAGGGCGAGGAGAUUGUUGGCGAGGACAACUUUGACAGUCAAGAGUUCAAGCAGCCCACGGUCCAGACCAGAGACAGUGCUACCGAAGACGCAUCGAUGCAGUCGCCAAUGAGCCACCGCCCGCCAGAGAGUCCAGCAGACGCUGCCCACCCAUUGGCGGUAGACACAGCAGGCACUCCAACUGAUAGUGUGCGACGACCAUCUGCAAACUUUGACCUUAAUGCCGUCUUCGACAAAGUUCGAUCGCCCCAGCACGACCAGCAGACAUUCAUGAUCCGACGACAGAGCUCUCUGCAGAACCAAGAAAAGUCGCAUGCUGCCGUUGACGAUGCAGACGUGGACCGCCUCCUCAAAGAUGAAGACAACGACGUCGAGAUGUCCGGCUACUCAUCAGAUCCGACCGUAUGCUGGCAGGGAACUGUCAGCAUGCAGUCCAUGCAGCCUUUCGAUGCCGUCGCCCGUUUCGUUGCGGGUGGUGAUUUUGGGCAAGUAGUGCCGUGGAACAAGCUGCUAGCCAACGUUCUCUCAGUCCAAGGCCGCAUCGAAAGCUCCAAGGGCGACGACUACAUCCGCGGCAUCGGUCACUCCGAGACAUACGACGUUGCCGUCCUUGCCCUCAGCCCCGUUACUACCGAUGGUCGAGGUGUCAUGGACCAUUUCUACCAGUACUUCCACUCCCGCGGCCGAUGGGGUGUGGUACCAGUCGAGGACACCGGAGCCGGUAUCAUGCGAGAUCUGUACAUUAUUCCUAUCGAAGCAGGCGGCAGCAACCUCCCUCCUUUCAUCGACAUGCUCGAAUACUGCACCAUCGAGACACCCCGGAAAGAACACAUGGUCCUGCUCGCCCUCGUCGCCAAGCUGCCCGAAGUCAAGCCUGAGCUCCCCGCCACAGAACACUUUGAACGUUUCCCCACCCAGGACAUUGCAGCAGCUCAAGUCGCGCACCAACAACCACCGUCACAACAACAGCCAGGUCCCUCGCCAUCUCCAGUAACCCACAACCCUCACGCCCCACAGUACUCACCCAUGGCGCCAUCAUUCCCACCCGCCCAACAUCCCCAACAACCUCCUCCUCCAGGUUACUACCCCCAAGCAGCAGUCCCUCCUCCUCCAGCACAUCACCAAAUCCCCCGUGCCCUCGAGAUCAUGGGUCCGUAUAUUGACGCCCCCGUCAUCGCGCACAUUUUGGCGCAGAAUCUGAAUACCAAUCAGGCGAUUAGCGAGCUCCAGAUGAUUAACCUCAGACACAUUGUGGAAGAGCAUCCUGAUGCGAGGACGAAUUUUGGUGUGUUGACGGAUCUAUUGAGGAAGAAUGGGGGUCAAGGAGGAGGGCAGGGCGGGCAGGAGCAGAGUGCGUAG